GCCGCGGCGGGGACGCUCUCCCGGAGCCCGGGAGGACGCUGGGGCGGGGGGCCAUGGAGCCGGACGAGCCGGGCGAGGCGCUGACGGAGCUGCGCGAGCGGCGGCUGGGGGCGCUGGGGCUGCUGCAGGCGGCGGCGGGCUCGGGGCUGGCCGCCUACGCCGUGUGGGCGCUGCUGCUGCAGCCGGGCUUCCGGGCCGUGCCGCUGCGGCUGCAGGUGCCCUAUGUGGGGGCGAGCGCCAGGCAGGUGGAGCACGUGCUGACGCUGCUGCGAGGCCGUCCCGGGAAGACGGUGGACCUGGGCUCCGGCGACGGCAGAAUUGUGCUGGCGGCCCACAGGUGCGGCCUUCGCCCGGCGCUGGGCUACGAGCUGAACCCGUGGCUAGUGGGGCUGGCUCGGCUGCAUGCCUGGAGGGCGGGCUGCGCGGGCAGCGUCCGCUUCUGCUGCCAGGAUCUCUGGAAGGUGAACCUGAGGGACUGCCACAACGUGUCUGUGUUCCUGGCGCCUAGCGUGCUCCCGCUGCUGGAAGACAAGUUGCAGGCAGAGCUGCCCGAAGGGGCCCGAGUGGUGUCGGGGCGCUUUCCUCUCCCCACUUGGCAGCCUGUGGCCGUGUUGGGUGAGGGUCUGGACCGCGUCUGGGCCUAUGACGUCCAUAGUGGUAGCCCAGCUGGUCAGGUCCCCCCAGGACCCAGUUCUGCCUCAGUCCCUGGGGCCCCCACUUCUCUGGCUGGCUGACUAUUUGGACACAAUAAAGACUCAGCGGACUA